AUGGACGCGGGGGAGGUAGUCUUCAUCAGCCCAAAUGUUGCCUUCAGGCUACGCGUCCUUGCCAAGCGAGCUCGUGAGAGAGUUGCACAGAAGCAUCGAAGCCAGAGGUUUCUCCUAUACCCUGAUUCAUCAUUGCUGAUUUCCUGGCAAGUCGUAAGCAUCAUAUUGAUUGUUUGGACUAUCUUUGAGGUACCUUUCACACUGGUUUUCGUGAGAAAUGGACAGAAUAGCGAUCAAUCAUGGUGCACCUGGGACUGGAUCAUGGUAAUAAAUUUGGUCGUGGACAUCUGCUUCAUGCUGGAUGUUGUAGUGAACUUCAACACUUCAUAUCUCGACAGCGAAGCAUUUUUGGUGAAGAAUCGAAUGGACAUAGCCAUGCACUACUUGAAAUCAUGGUUUCUUCUGGAUUUCUUGACGAGUUUGCCUAUUGACAGCUUUCUCUGCGCUGGUGGCAGCGAAUCAAAUCCUGGCUUUCUUCGAGUUGUCAAGGUUAUCCGUCUGAUCAAGAUUGUUCGUUUUGUGAGGGUGAAACGAAUUUUGAGUAAUUGGGAGCUAUCUAUCACCUCGAAAAUUUUCUUGACCAUCAUCCGCUUGUUCAAGUUCUGCAUGCUGAUGCUGUUCUCGAUGCAUCUUUGUGGAUGUCUCUGGAUGCUCAUGGCAAUCAUAGACGUUUGCAAUGUGAAUCCGUCUCAAACUUCUAAGAAUCAGCAGGACUGCAUUUGCGAUGCCGGUGGAUGUUACCCAAACAACUGGCUAGCAGCCUAUGAUCUUCACAUGUAUGAGUCGAUCGCGACGGAUUCAGAACUCUUCCCUCGCUAUUUGGUCUCUAUCUACUUCGCUACUGUGACGCUGACGACGGUGGGUUAUGGAGAUGUAGUGCCCGUAAGAGAUGCGGAGCGAGCUUGCGCCAUCUUCCUGACCCUCUGCGGAGCCAUUGUGUUCGCGUUCUGUAUUGGAAGCAUCUCCUCGCUGGUCAGUCAGAGAAACCUUACCGAGACUCACAUAGAGAGUGAGCUGAGAACGAUACAAGACUUCUUCCGCCUCAAGAACCUUCCAAGAAACCUUGAGAUACGAGCUAAGCAACAUCUGAUGCACACCGCCAAGUCAGCACAACAUCUUGUUCAUCCGUGUUUCAUGGCAGAGUACCUGACGCCGAUCUUCGUACAGAAAGAUGAGAUUCUCUUCCGAGCCCUGGACGUUGGAUUCGAGAUGUACUUCGUCGUAGAAGGAGAGUUCGAAGCUUGGAAUGUGGAAGACAACAAAGUCCUUGCCAAGCUCGGGAAAGGAGAAUAUCUGGGCGAAAUCUCUUUGUUCCCUGACAUCUCAACGUGUCGAACUUCUACUGUCAAGGCGAAAAUCGACAGUGAAGUCUUGUCCCUGAGGCGAGACGACUUCUACAACCACAUCCGACCUCACUUCCCGGAUGUCUAUGAGGCGAUCAAGCGACUUGCGAUCACGAAGCAGAGGUGGCUGGAUUCAGCGAUCGUCAAACGAUAUGCAAGGGAGAAGUCACAGCACAGAUGCGAUCACAUCUACAACAAGAUCAAAGAAAUUCAGACUAGGAAACUCUUCGUGAUGUCAAGGAGCCAGAAAGGUCGCACAUCCUGA